AUGGAGGAGACAGAGGAGACAGAGGAGACAGAGGAGACACAGGAGACACAGAAAGCUCAUAGAAAGGAGACAGAGGAGACAGAGGAGACAAGAGAGGAGACAGGAGACAAAGGAGACAAGAGAGGAGGCAGAGGAGACAAAGGAGACAACAGAGGAGACAGAGGAGACAGGAGAGGAGACAAGGGAGACAAAGGAGACAAUUGGGGCUGCAUCACCCACCCCUUCUUCUUCUAA